AUGUUCUCUCGUCCCCUCCGCGCCGGCAGACUCAUCGACCGUCGGCUAGCGCUGACUGGUCGCUCGAGACUGGUCAGAUCCUAUGCUACCCCUUCAGACUCUCGUGAGCCCGAUUCAUCCCGCCAGGACGGUUCUACGAAGGCAGAGAAAGGCAAGGAGAGGGAAAAUAAGCCAGAGUCAGCGCAGGACAGCGGACCCGAGAUCCCAAAGGGCCUUGAAGGCUUUUUCCAGCGAUAUCAACAGUCACAGCGGCAGUUUCGAAAUGCGAACAACGAGCAGGAGCAGGACGACUCCCGCAAGAACGAGCAGCCUCCUCCAGGUGGGAACCCGAACCCAAAUGGCUUUAACCUCAACCAGCUCCUCAUCCUCGCCACCUCCGCUGCUGUCUUCUAUGGUCUCACUAGCUCAGGCUCGUCCUCUUCUCGCGAGAUCACCUGGCAGGAGUUCAGGACAGCCUUCCUCGACAAGGGUCUCGUCGACAAGCUCAUUGUCGUUAACCGCCAACGCGUUCGCAUUAAGCUUCACUCUAAUGCCACAAGUGCCAUGUACCCCAAUGCAUCACCUGGAGGCGAGUACCACUUCUCCAUUGGCAGUGUAGAGGCUUUUGAGCGCAAGCUCGACGAGGCCCAAGCCGAACUCGGCAUCCCCAGCCACGAGCGCAUCCCCGUUGCCUACCAUGACGAGAUUUCCACCUUCAACACUCUUCUCAAUUUUGCUCCCACUCUGUUCUUUGCCGGCUUCCUCCUGUGGAUGUCUCGACGAGCCGCUGGCGGAUCAGGCGGCGGGGGUCCCGGAGGCAUUUUUAGUAUAGGGAAAAGCAAGGCGAAGUUGUUCAACAAAGACACGGAUGUGAAGGUUAAGUUCAAGGAUGUUGCCGGAAUGGACGAGGCCAAGGAGGAAAUCAUGGAAUUUGUCAAGUUCUUGAAGGAGCCAGCCAAGUACGAGAGGCUCGGUGCCAAAAUCCCUCGUGGUGCCAUUCUUUCUGGUCCUCCUGGGACUGGUAAGACGUUGCUCGCCAAAGCCACCGCUGGGGAGGCUUCAGUGCCGUUCCUCUCGGUGUCUGGAUCGGAGUUCGUCGAAAUGUUUGUUGGUGUUGGCUCCUCUCGAGUCCGUGACCUCUUCGCGUCCGCGAAGAAGCAUGCCCCGUGUAUUAUCUUCGUCGACGAAAUAGAUGCUAUUGGCAAAUCAAGAGGGAAGGGGUCAAGUUUUGGUGGAAAUGACGAGCGCGAGUCCACCCUCAACCAACUUCUUGUUGAGAUGGACGGUUUUGGUACCCAGGAACAUGUCGUCGUUCUUGCAGGAACAAACAGGCCAGACGUCCUCGACUCAGCUCUCAUGCGGCCAGGUCGUUUUGAUCGGCACAUUGCCAUCGAUCGACCUGACGUCUCGGGACGGAAGGGGAUCUUCAUGGUCCACCUGAAACCCUUGAAGCUCGCCGACGAGCUCGCCAACACGGAUGCGCUUGCACAGAAGCUCGCUGUGUUAACUCCAGGUUUCUCUGGUGCAGAUAUUGCAAAUGUGUGCAACGAAGCAGCCCUCCAUGCCGCCCGCAAAAGCUCGGAGUCCGUCUCUGAGAAGGACUUCGAGAGCGCUAUCGAAAGGGUGAUUGCAGGCUUGGAGCGGAAAAGUCGAGUACUUAGCCCAGAAGAGAAGAAGACCGUAGCCUAUCACGAAGCUGGUCACGCUGUCUGCGGCUGGUUCUUGGAGCAUGCUGACCCCCUGCUGAAAGUCAGCAUAAUCCCCCGUGGUGUGGGUGCUUUGGGUUAUGCCCAGUAUCUGCCACCCGAUCGCUACUUGCUGUCUACGCCACAAAUGCUGGACAGGAUAUGUAUGACUCUGGGUGGUCGCGUCUCGGAGGAGGUCUUCUUUGGUGCCGAGAAUAUCACGACUGGCGCUCAAGAUGAUCUUCAAAAGAUCACGCGGAUGGCCUUUGAAGCUUGUGCAAACUACGGCAUGAACACCGUCAUUGGUCCGGUCAGCUAUGGUGGAGCUCAAGGUCAAAAGGACAGCUGGACGAAGCCAUUCAGCGAGAAGACUGGAGAGAUGCUAGACGCUGAAGUCCGGAAGAUGAUUACUGAUGCUCACCAACGAACUACAGACCUUCUCACUAAGCAUCGAGAGGAUGUCGAGAAGGUGGCCAAGCUGCUCUUGGAUAAAGAGGUUAUUUCACGGGAAGACAUGAUUGAUCUCUUAGGGAAGCGCCCGUUCGCUAACAAGUCUGAUGAGAUGGACAAGUGGCUUGAUGAAAACCGAAGCCAUGAGCGUAGUGCCCCCCCGCCACUGGAGGAUUCCACUCCAGGUCCACCAGAUCCUGCUACCCAACCGGUUGCCACCUCCACAAAAAUAGAGGACUAUAAGUGGUAG